GGAGAUAAGAAAUGGAGUUCCUCGUUAGCUUUCGCUCUGAAAAUGAAAAUCAAUUAUUUUGCUAAAGCUAUAAAGAGAGGAAUCAUGAGGAGCAAGGGUGGGGCAGUUAGAUGGAGAGCAUUUUUAAGAUGGUGGAAGACGACAACGAGCAGUUUCUUCGGAGGAUUAGGGACCGGAUUGAUCAGGUGGGAAUUGAGAUUCCUAAGAUUGAAGUCCGGUAUGAGCAUUUGUGGGUUGAGGGAGAUGUGCUUGUUGGGAGCACAGCUCUUCCCACUUUGUUUAAUGCUACAUUGAACACAAUUAAGGGAGUUCUUGAAUUGAUUCGGCUUGCCCCGUCUGACAAGAGAGAAAUCAGGAUACUUCAAGAUGUUAGUGGAAUAGUGAAACCAUCAAGGAUGACCUUGCUUCUGGGUCCUCCAUCAUCCGGGAAAACGACAUUGUUGCUGGCACUUGCAGGGAUGCUUAGGCAGGAUCUUAGGGUAAGCGGGAAAGUCACCUACUGUGGCCAUGAACUGGGUGAAUUUGUUCCUCAAAGGACCUGUGCUUAUAUUAAUCAGCAUGAUCUUCACCAUGGAGAAAUGACAGUGAGAGAAACAUUGGAUUUUUCGGGACAGUGUUUGGGGGUUGGAAAGAGGGAUGAAAUGGUGGCUGAACUCUCAAAACGAGAGAAUGAAGCGGGAAUUGAACCAGAUCCUGAGAUGGAUGCAUUUAUGAAGGCCACAGCAGUGGCUGGCCGAAAAACCAGCUUGAUUACUGACUAUAUCCUCAAGAUGCUUGGAUUGGAUAUUUGUGCUGAUGUUUUGGUUGGAGAUGAGAUGAAAAGGGGUAUUUCAGGAGGACAAAAGAAGCGUGUGACCACUGGAGAGAUGUUAGUUGGACCGGCAAAGGCUCUUCUUAUGGAUGAAAUAUCAACUGGGCUGGACAGUUCCACCACUUUCCAGAUUGUUAAGUUCAUGAGGCAAAUGGUUCACAUAAUGGAAGUAACCAUGAUAGCUUCUCUUUUACAACCUGCACCUGAGACGUUUGAUCUAUUUGAUGACAUUAUCCUUCUUUCAGAAGGUCAGAUUGUUUACCAAGGUCCACGCAGGGAUGCCCUUGAGUUCUUCAAAUACAUGGGCUUUAAAUGCCCUGAAAGGAAAGGAGUUGCUGACUUCUUGCAAGAAGUAACUUCCAAGAAAGACCAAGAACAAUAUUGGUUUAGGAAGAAUGAACCUUACAGAUACAUCUCGAUUUCUGAAUUUGUGCUGGCAUUCAAUUCUUUCCACACAGGGCAACAGCUUUCAUCUGAUCUGGGGGCUCCUUUUGAUAGGUCCAGAACCCAUCCUGCUGCAUUGGUGACAGAGAAGUAUGGCAUCUCCAAAUGGGAACUGUUCAAGGCAUGUUUUGCAAGGGAAUGGCUGCUAAUGAAGCGAAACUAUUUUAUAUAUAUAUUCAAUGUCACCCUGUUUGCAAUUACAUCCUUGAUUGCCAUGACUGUGUUUUUUAGGACAGAAAUGCCACAUGGAAGUUUAGCAGAUGGAGGAAAAUAUUUUGGGGCACUGUUCUUCAGUCUCAUCAAUGUGAUGUUUAAUGGGAUGGCAGAGCUUCCAACGACAGUGUUUAGGCUUCCUGUCUUCUAUAAACAAAGGGAUUUCCUGUUCUAUCCUGCUUGGGCUUUUGGCUUAUCCAUUUGGAUCCUCAGGAUUCCUCUAUCUUUCAUCGAAUCAGGGAUAUGGACGGGUCUUACAUAUUACACAAUUGGGUUUGCUCCUGCUCCUAGCAGGUUUUUCAAACAGUUCUUGGCAUUUGUUUGUUCGCAUCAAAUGGCUCUCUCCCUAUUUCGGUUCAUUGCUGCAGCAGGAAGAACACAUGUUGUUGCAAACACACUGUCAACCUUUACCUUGCUAUUUAUGUUUCUACUUGGAGGAUUCAUUGUGGCCAAAAAUGAUAUUGACCCAUGGAUGAUAUGGGGCUAUUAUGUUUCUCCUAUGAUGUAUGGACAGAAUGCCAUUGUUAUUAAUGAAUUUCUAGAUGAAAGAUGGAGUGCGGCCAAUACAGACCGCAGGAUCAAUGAAACUACGGUCGGUAAAGUCCUUCUCAAGUCCAGAGGCUUCUUUGUAGAUGGCUACUGGUAUUGGAUUUGUAUCGCUGCAUUAGUGGGGUUUUCUGUUCUUUUCAAUGCUUUAUUUAUUGCAUCAUUGAUGUACUUAAAUUCUUUGGGUGGUUCAAAAGCUGCUGUCAUGGAUAAGAAUGAUGACAGAGAGAAGCUGUCCACUGGCCAACAUAGAACAGAGGAAUGUGAAGAAAAUGUGGUUGCUGCUGAUCAUGUGCCAAGAAGAGGAAUGAUUCUGCCCUUCCAACCGCAUUCGAUAGCAUUCAACCAUGUGAACUACUAUGUGGAUAUGCCUGCUGAAAUGCAGAGUCAAGGAGGUAAGCAAGAUCGUCUGCAACUGCUCAGAGACAUCAGUGGUGCUUUCAGACCAGGGGUAUUGACAGCACUAGUCGGUGUUAGUGGAGCUGGAAAAACUACCUUGAUGGAUGUCUUGGCAGGAAGGAAGACCGGUGGUUAUAUUGAAGGAAGUAUCUGCAUUUCUGGUUAUCCAAAGAACCAAGCAACAUUUGCUCGCAUUAGUGGUUACUGUGAACAAAAUGACAUUCAUUCACCAAAUGUAACUGUCUAUGAAUCUCUCCUGUACUCGGCCUGGCUUCGUCUUUCUUCUGAUGUAAAAGCAGAAACACGAAAGAUGUUUGUUGAUGAAAUUAUGGAGUUGGUUGAACUCAAAUCACAGAGGGAUGCUUUAGUUGGCCUUCCAGGAGUAGAUGGCCUUUCAAUAGAACAGAGGAAGAGGCUGACAGUAGCAGUAGAGUUGGUUGCAAACCCUUCUAUCAUCUUUAUGGAUGAACCAACAUCUGGCCUUGAUGCCAGAGCUGCAGCAAUCCUUAUGCGAGUUGUGAAAAAUGCAGUGGAUACAGGGAGAACUGUUGUGUGCACAAUACACCAACCGAGCAUAGACAUUUUUGAAGCAUUUGAUGAGCUGCUGUUAAUGAACAAGGGGGGACAAGUCAUUUAUGCUGGAUCCCUUGGUCGCAACUCUCACAGGCUUGUGCAAUAUUUUGAAGCUAUCCCAGGAGUUCCUAAGAUCCAGAAAGGUUACAAUCCUGCUGCGUGGAUGCUUGAGGUCAGUGCUCCUUCAGUUGAGGCUCAACCGGGUGUGGAUUUUGCAGAAAUUUAUGGCACCUCCUCCCUUUAUCAGAGGAAUCAGGAACUUAUAACAGAACUUAGUACUCCGGUGCCAGGUUGUAAUGACCUCUACUUCCCAGCCAAAUACGCUCAGCCAUUUGCCACUCAGUGCAAGGCUUGUUUCUGGAAACAGCAUUGUUCUUACUGGAGGAACCCACAGUUCAAUGCCAUCCGUUUUUUCAUGACAAUAGUUAUAGGAAUUUUAUUUGGUGUCAUCUUCUGGGACAAAGGGCAGAAGCUAUCCAAACAACAAGAUCUGAUGAAUCUCGUGGGAGCUAUAUAUUCUGCUGUGAUUUUCCUUGGAGGAACCAGUGCUUCUGCAGUGCAAUCUAUUGUUGCUACCGAGAGAACAGUUUUCUAUCGCGAGCGAGCAUCAGGGAUGUAUUCUGCACUGCCUUAUGCAUUUGCUCAGGUUUCUGUAGAGAUGAUAUAUGUCACAAUUCAAACUUUUGUUUACUCUUUUCUCCUUUUCUCUAUGAUUGGGUUUGAGUGGAAGGCAGACAAAUUCUUCUGGUUCUAUUACUACCUAUUGAUGUGCUUCAUCUAUUUCGUAAUGUAUGGUAUGAUGGUUGUUGCACUGACGCCAGGCCUGGAAGUUGCAGCCGUUGUGACGACCUUCUUCAUCAGCUUCUGGAAUUUGUUCUCUGGUUUUCUCAUUCCUAGAAUGCAAAUCCCUGUUUGGUGGAGGUGGUACUACUGGGCUUCUCCUUUAGCCUGGACAAUCUAUGGCCUCAUAACCUCUCAAGUUGGUGACAAAAAUGUUGAACUAGAAAUACCUGGAGCAGGUAACCUGCCACUGAAAACCUUCCUCAAGGGCAGUUUUGGUUUUGAUUAUGACUUCCUUCCAGCUGUUGCUGUAGCCCAUAUUGGCUGGGUUAUCCUCUUUUUCUUUGUCUUUGCCUAUGGCAUCAAGUUCCUAAACUUCCAAAGGAGAUAACGAACUUCAUUUCCAAACUGGCUAUUCUUGAAGCUAUAGGACUAUAUCCAGGCAAGAGGACUGUGAUUUCAGCAAAAGGGUGAAGGGGGACAAACAGUUAGCUCUUACUAUUUCAUUGUGUAAUUAUUCUCGCGUCCUAGUCUUUGCUUCAUUAUAUUAAUAAAUAAAUUUCUCCGCUGUCAAA